UCUGGCGGCUGCAUUGUAACAUCACACAACGAUGCAUAGCGUUCUUGUUAUCACACCCAGAGUAAUUGAUCACACACUCAAUGACCCUCCUUGGACUACUUCCAGCCAUAUAUACAAAAACUAUAAACGAUGAAUCUCUACUAUGCUUGUGUUACCCGACCUUCCGUCCGUCCAGUAUAGAUGAAGAUGCCAAAGAUUUGAUAAGCCACAGACAUGGUGAUAAAAAGCAAAAAGAAGGUGGUGGAGACUGUGGGAAUCGAACCCACGAUCUUCCGCAUGCAAAGCGGACGCUUUACCCCUAAGCCAAAUCCCCAUCAGAACAUGCUGAGUCGGCGGGUAAGUGUAUUAUUAAA